GGAUUCGCGGUGGCCGAAUCCCAACUUUCCCACGCAGGACAGAUUGCUCAAUUGACAGCCGGAGAUUUGUUUAUUUGGACAGAUUUGGAGUUGAUAAAUACAAAUAAUUUUUUAAUUUUCCAAGAUAAGAUGGGUGCGGAUUGGUUAGCGUAUGGAUACGGGGCCCUCGUCACGUCAGGGGGAAUCAUUGGAUAUGCGAAAGCUGGCAGCACGGCAUCGCUCGGGAUGGGAAUCCUGUUCGGAGCCAUCAUCGCGUACGGGGCUUAUCAGACGUCGCACAACGCGAAUAAUUACCUCGUCGGGUUGGGGGCAAGUGCCGUGCUCGCUGGCGUGAUGGGGAACCGAUUUUACCACUCGGGCAAGUUCAUGCCUGCCGGUCUCGUCGCCAUCGUUAGCGCCGCCAUGGUCAUGCGAUACGUCGUUAGAUCAUUCGCCGUGAAGCAGUAGCCUUAAAGUGAGAUAGAGAAGUAUAAGAAAAAAAGGAUAGAAGAUAAGUAAAAGUCAAGAAAACAAAAAUUGGGCAUUCCAUUUUAUAAGAAAUUUUCAUCAAAACAAGAAGAAAAAAAGUAAUCUACAACCUCUUCUUCUCGUCGUCUAUUCAUAAUUUUAUUCCAGAGGGUACAACAUGUGCUAAAUUAAUUGAGGCAAUUUUAUUCACGCAAAUCUUUUUUGUAAACUUGCAAAUUUGGGAAAAAGUCUGGCAGCCCAUUCAUUCCUUCAAAUCUGUGUCGUCCUACUUUUCCCCAUGUCGCAAAGCUUUACCAAGAUAAGCGUGAAUGAAUAUCCUCCUUAAUAAAAUCUAAACAUGUGCCGUCAUAUAUAUGCAUAUUAAUAUUAUGGUGAUGGGUACACCGCGUUAUUAGUAAAUUACAUUAAAAAUGGCAAUAAAAUCGUUCACAUUAUCAACCUGA